AUGUCCAUCACCGUAAUGCACCGACGAAGGGGUACAGUUGUGCCCAUCAAGAUGUCCAUCUUCGACGCUUUUCGGGGAGCUCCUGAUCCAAAACCAAGAAAGCCGAAGCCGUGCUCUUGCUGCGGAAAAGUUCAUGGCCCCCAAGCUAAUGCCAAGAACGAAGAUAACUCGAAGACUGACAACAGAAAUAUCAAGGCUCAUUUCAAGGACAAGAAGGAUGGCGAUGGUGACCUCGAUGAGGAUGAUCUCACCAUGCUGCGAAUGAAAGCCGAGAAUGGGAGUGCACAAUGGCAAGAUAUUCUGGGUGAAACCAGCUACAAAUCCGGAGGAGAACUCAGAGCACGAUGGGGCCAGAUCAAGCAUAGGUUGGAUGAUUUCAAGAAAGAGACCUACAAGACCGGCACCAACGACGACAAGAAGAACAAGAGCAACAACGAGGGUAAAAAGAAAGAAAAUGACACAGACAAAGAGGCCAAAGCUCGGAAGAAACACGAGAAAGAAUUGAAGCAGCCCGAAGCCCGAGAGAAGAAGGAAGAGGAAAAUGCUAAGACCGAAGACGAUGGCAAAGCCAAUGAGAAGAAAGAAGAUGCGAAGCCUGACAAUGAGGACGAAAAGAGCAAAGACAAGAAGUCCGACGGCAAAGCAUCGACCUUCACUGCUGAACAGAACGACUUGAAGUCCUGGGCUGAAGGCUACGACAAGAAGAAAUGGCACAUCGUGGCUUCAAAGCACUAUGACAAGACAGGACAGCGAAUUACCCCCGUCCAAGCGCGGAAAAUGGUCGAAGGGACGUUCAUUCGCUCGCAUUGA